AUGUCGAAGCUACCUAGCCCAGGUGCCCCUUCCGGAGAUGCGCCUCCGAACGAUGGCCAGGCGCUUGAUGUGAUAAAACUGUUGGAGAAGCACUUCUCCCCCGAUCCCAAUCGAGAAUCGGGCGGGUGGACGCCUCGUGGUAGCAAAGAGGUGCCCGCCAAAGACGGUGGUUCUUCUUCCGUGGUGGCGCCCAACAGUUCUCGCGGGCCAGCAAUUGAGACGGGAUCCUCAGUCGCCGCGGCGCCCAAUAAGCCAAAUACGGCGCCCAGCAAGCAGAAUACAAGUGAGUUUUGCCCACUUCAACUGUUCCGCCCCCUUUUUUUUAGGCGCCCAUAG